AUGGUUAAGGGCCGUGCUUUACAUUUUGUGUUCAAAGUGGCCGAUAGGACACUGACUGCAAAGUUCUACAGGGAAAUCCUUGGAAUGAAGGUACUUCGUCAUGAAGAAUUUAGUGAAGGCUGUGAAGCUGCAUGCAAUGGACCCUACGCCAACAGAUGGAGCAAGACCAUGAUCGGUUAUGGUCCAGAAGACACACAUUUUGUAGUAGAACUCACAUAUAAUUAUGGUAUCCAACACUAUGAACAAGGAAAUGAUUUCCUUGGCCUGACAAUCCAGUCAAGUGAGAGCCUUAAAAGAGCAGAUACAAACAAUUGGCCAAUUAAAGAACAUAACGGUUUGAAAUAUGUUGAAGCACCCGGUGGUUACAAAUUCUACAUAAUUGACAAACCACAGCCUACAGACAAAGAUCCGGUAGUCAAAGUAUCCCUGGCAAGUUCAAAUUUGGAGAAAUCUAUUGCGUACUGGAACGGUCUACUUACUUUGAAAAUCUUUGAGAAAUCAUCUAAGUCGGUACUUCUCGGUUUCGACGAAAAUCAGGCCAAGCUGGAACUUGUUGAAAUUGGUGAGCCAGUAAAUCGAGCAAAGGCAUACGGUCGUAUCGCGUUCGCUUGCCCAUUCGACGAGCAGCCCAUCAUUGAUCAGAAGAUCCAAGAGGCGCAGCGUACUAUCCUGACUCCACUCAUCUCCUUGGAUACUCCCGGCAAGGCUACAGUCAGAGUCAUAAUUCUGGCUGACCCUGACGGCCAUGAGAUAUGUUUUGUCGACGAUGAGAGCUUCAGGCAGCUGUCUCAAGUUGAUCCCGCUAGUGAUGCUGAUCUUGACAAGUACAUCAAAGCAGACAAAUCUAGGGUGUAA